CAAGCCUCCAAGUUUCUGUUGACAAAAAGCGUUACGGGAAAGAUUUAGCGAAUAACAAUUCUAUGAGAUCAGUUCACUUCUUUUGUUAACUUUAGAUUUAAGAACAAGUUUACAAUUGCCGCUAGCCUUACAUAGGUCGCACACCGAUAUCAAUAAAAUUGCAAAAUGUCUAACAGGGUUUGGAGAAUCGCCAAGCACGAGGGCAUCGAGAACUUGCGUCUCACCACAGAGGACGUUCCUAAACCUGGACCAGGUCAGGUUCUUUUGCGUGUCAGGGCCGUCGCUCUUAACUAUCGCGAUUGGGCAGUAUUGAAUGGAUUCUACCCCCGUCCAUACGCCGAGGAAGGUCGCCUUAUUCCAUGCUCCGACGCUGCCGGGGACAUUGUCGAAAUUGGUGAAGAAGUCACAAAGGUCAAGAAGGGUCAACGGGUCUGUUCCUUAUUCUUCCAGACGUGGUUUAAGGGAGAACUGGAGGAAGAAGAUAUGCUGCAGACAUUGGGGGCUCCCAUUCACGGAGUCUUGGCCCAGUAUGUAGUAUUAAAUCAGGAUGGAGUUAUCCAGUUUCCAGACUUUCUUUCGUACGAGGAGGCAGCUACACUUCCAUGUGCCGCAUUAACAGCCUGGCAAGCAACCUACGUUACUACUCGUCAUGUCGGGCCGCACUGCACUACACUUACGCAAGGCACGGGAGGGGUUUCGAUCUUUGCACUCCAGUUCGCCCACCUAGGUGGGAACCGCGUUAUCAUCACCUCCUCUUCUGAUGAAAAGCUGGCCAAAGCAAAGGAGCUUGGUGCUGAUGACUUCAUCAAUUAUCGCAAAACUCCGGAAUGGCACCAAGAAGCACGUAAAAUCAACGAUGGACGUGGAAUUGACAACGUCAUUGAGAUUGGUGGUCCCGGAACUAUAAACAAAUCUUUGCUGGCGGCCAAAAAAUACGGGGAUGUGCAAGCAAUCGGUUUCCGUACUGAAGGAACAGAUACAAAUGUCGCAACGGCGAUGGUCUACAACUGUAGCCAAGUCCAUGGAAUUUUUGUUGGGAACAAGAAGAUGUUUGAAGACAUGAACAGGCAAGGCAAUCCACAGGCACAAAGUGAAGCCAGUGAUUGA